CGCACCAAACACUUCACUUUUACUGUCUCUCAUCUGCCAGGUUGUCAGGGUGAACCAUGAGUAGCUUUGUCACUUUAUCUACAGGGCAGAGGAUGCCCCUGGUGGGACUGGGCACAUGGAAGAGUGCUCCAGGACAGGUGAAGCAGGCAGUGCUGGCAGCUUUAGACUCUGGGUACAGACACAUUGACUGUGCAGCUGCAUACAGUAAUGAACAGGAGGUGGGAGAGGCUCUGGCUCUGAGGCUCGGGAAGGCUCUGCGUCGUGAAGAGGUGUUUGUGACAUCCAAACUGUGGAACACCAAGCACCACCCAGAGGAUGUAGAGGAGGCCUGUAGGACCAGCCUGUCUGACCUGGGCCUCUCCUAUCUGGACCUCUACCUCAUGCACUGGCCCAUGGCUUUUCAGAGGGGGAAAGAGCUGAUGCCUCGACGAGAAGAUGGGAGUGUGUGUUACUCUGACACACACUACAGAAACACUUGGAAGGCAAUGGAGAGCUUGGUGGAUAAAGGACUGGUCAAGGCUAUAGGACUGUCCAACUUCAACGCCAGGCAGAUUGAUGAUAUCAUCAGUGUGGCCAGACACAAACCUGUGGUGAACCAGGUGGAGUGCCAUCCAUACUUGUCUCAGCAAGAUCUCCUGGCUCACUGUCGGUCUGUGGGAGUUGCAGUGACAGCCUACAGUCCUCUGGGCAGUGGGGACAGACCCUGGGCCUCUCCUGAUGAACCAAGUCUGUUGGAGGACCCACGACUAGGAGCCAUCGCCCACAAAUACCAGAAAACACCUGCUCAGGUCAUUCUCAGGUGGCAUGUUCAGAGGGCUGUGGUUUGUAUCCCUAAAAGUGUGACACCUUCCAGGAUCCAGCAGAACCUGCAGGUGUUUGACUUUUCCCUUUCAGACAACGACAUGAUUCUAAUUGAAUCUUUCAACCGCAAUGAGCGGUUCAUCGUCCCAGCUGUUGAGGUGGGCUGCUGCUCUUAUGACAGGUUGAUUUUAAAUACAUUUGUGCUCUAUAAGUGUGACCAGACACCAUAUAUUACUCAUGUUUAUGCGCAACAGCUAUUUCCGUCCAAACUGCGGCAGACUCCCUCUGGGACAGCACAUGGCUGAAACAUCCUCCACAAAUCUCUGAUAUGCACAGAGCAGAGAUCCUGUUUCUUAAAGAGCUACUGAUUAAUUUGGUUCAGACUGAUAUGUCUGGAGUUAUGUUCUAUGUUCAGAAACAGAUGAUCACACAUUAUAGUACAAG